AUGAAAUCGCUUCUCUUGCUCUCUUUACUUGCUUUUGCUGUUGUUGCUGAUUAUGAAUAUGAUGGAGAUGUUAUGGUACUAACCGAAGAAACAUUUGAUUAAGCCUUCAAUGAAUUCGAUUAUUUGAUGUUUGAAUUCUAUGCUCCUUGGUGUGGUCAUUGCAAAGAACUCGCCCCUAAAUAUGCUGAGGCUGCUACUGCUCUUAGGUCUGAAGGAAUAGUUUUGGCCAAGAUCGAUGCCACAGUCCAAAAGAAAUUGGCUGAAAAGUAUGGUGUCAAAGGAUAUCCAACUAUCAAAUUCAGCGUUAAAUAGGCUGUAAAGGAUUUUGAAGGUGGAAGAAAUGCUGAUGGCAUUAAGAAUUGGAUUUACAGCAAUCUUAAUCCAGAGAGUGAAUUACUUGAGACUCUUGAAUAAGUCAAUGAGGCUAUUGCUCAAAAUAAUGUUCAAUUUGUCUAUUUUGCAGAGGAAUAAAGCGAAAGGGAUAGAGAAUUGAGAAAAUACAAAGAAUUCUCUUUCACCAUGAAAUAGCAUUUUGCCCAUACAACAAGUAAAACAAUCAGAGAAGCUCUAAACGUUCCAAAAGGAACCUACUUUGUUGGAUUUAGAAAUCAAAAGCCUUAUUACUAUUAAGGAAAACUUUCAUUCCCAAUCAUGAAAACCUUUGUUGAGAAUGUUGCAAAUGAAAGAAUUCAAGAGUACUCUGACAAAAAGGAAUAACUAGAUGAAAGAAUAACUAAAAGCAAACCAUUUGUUGUUGUCUUUUCUGAUGAACCUGAAGUGUAAGUUGCUGCAUAAGCUUGGUCUUAUUAGGACGAGUUACUUUUCAUCAAGAAUGUUGAUGAGGAAUUCACUAGAAAGAUUCAAGUCAGAUCUCAAGAUCAAAAAGGAGUUUUCAUCAUCAAGGGAGAUUAAAGAUACAAUAGGGUUUAAGGUCAAAGCGUUAGUGAAUUCUUGGAGGCAUUCUAAUCAGGAAAAGCACAUAAGUACCUUAAAUCAUAAGCUGCUCCACAAUAACAAGGAUUGGUCAGAAUCCUCAUUGGAGAUACUUAUGAAGCUGCAAGAUCUGUUAAUGAUUCUGUAAUCUUAUACUUUGAUUCUCAAAAUGAAGAACAGUAAUAUCUUAUAAUUAAUUAUUUAGCAAUGCAGUUUAAGAACAAUUCUUGAAGGUGGCUGAAAGACUCUAACAAAACAAGCAUUUGACUUUCCAUAAAAUCGAUUUGUCAUAAAAUGAAGUUAGCGAUUUGGCUGAAUCUAUUGAAAUCGUUAAAAUCAGAUUAUACAAAAAUAACUAACCAAUUAAGUUCGUAAUCAGGGCAAACAAAAUUCAAGAAGAAAGAUUUGUUAAAUGGAUUGUAGAUAACGCAGCUAGUUAAGUUGUGGACCCCAAAGCUGAAUUAUGA